UUUAAAUGCAGGCUGAAGGUCACAAAAGCAAGGCUUCUAAUGCUAAGUAUAAUAAUAUACCACGGAUUCACGGGCAGAAAUCAAGAGCAAACUAUGUCAGCCCUAAUGGCGCUCUGAGAGAAAGCCUUCAUAGUAGAAAUUUCUUUUGAAAAUCAUCUUCAUCGUUGGGAGCCAAAGGAAGUUUCUACAGAAUGAAAUCUACAGGUGGUGAUCAGCCUGAAUGCGAUCUUAAUAUGGAUUCAUUGGAUCAACUAGAUGACCUAUCACAAUUUUCUAUGAAUAUUCCUCAAGGAAACACCAAAGAGAAUGACUUGUUAAGUAAAACUCAGAAUAAUAGCAUCAAUAUGAGGAGCGAGAGUGGUUGAACCAACCUCAGAUCUAACGAGAAGUUGGAUUACUCAUGUAGAGGCUUGGUUAAACUUCCCUCUCAUGAGUUGAGCAGCAAACUGAGGUAUGUGAAACUCUCAAAUAAUUCACUGAAGAAGUUCCCUGAGAAGUUAUGAGACUUAAUCUUUCUAAAAUCUUUAUAUGUUGAUAAUAAUCAGAUUGAAAAUCUUCCUACAAGCAUACGGAAGCUUACUCGCCUGAAAGUUCUUGACGUGCACAGUAACUGCAUAGAGGAGAUCCCAAAGGAGAUUGGUGAGUGUAUCAGCUUAAAAUAAAAUCAGCAUUAAGGAGAAUAAAUUCACAUCGAUCCCUUCUUCAAUGGGCAAGCUCGAGAAUCUUGCAGUGCUCGACAUCGAAUGGUUCAAAUAUUGAAUUCCCCCGAUAAGAAUCGCAGAAAAAACUGGCAAAAUUAGGCAAGAGUCAAUGGAGCCCUGAAUUGCAAAGUUUAAAGAGCUUUGUAAUAUGUUUGAUGGGUGAGGCAAUCCUACUCUUAGUGCCUUCUUGAUCUAUUUCAGUCAGGAUUCUGAUCUCAAGUCUGGAAAAGAACCAGAUUAUAACCGUCAAGACAACCGAAAGAGAACAAUUUUGCACAGGGCUGCAACUGCAGGCCAUGUUGGUGUAGUCAAGGGCUUACUAAAUAUUGAGAGUAUUGACCCUAAUAAACUUGAAAAGGAUCAAUGAACUCCUCUUGGGCUUGCUCUCAGAGACGACCAUGAAGAAAUAGCCAACAUCUUGAUAGAGAAAGAAAAGGUAGAUGUCAACCUCGGAGGAGGCUCUUUUGGAGCCCCAAUUCAUAUAGCUGUUUCACGGAACAAAACUAACACAAUAAACAAAUUAAUAAUGAGAGAUGUGGAUAUCAACAAGGUUGAUUUCAAACUUCAGACUCCAUUGCACAUCAUCAUGGAUGUCUUCUCAAGAAAUGUUGAAAUGGCUGAGGAGAUCACACGUAUGCUUGUAUUCAAUGGUGCGAAGCCAAACAUCAAGGAUUCUGAACAACUGACGCCACUGCACCACGCUGUGACAAAGCGGCACCACAAAGGCGUCGAGCUCAUCUGAAAAUUGAACAAGAACUUGAAUGCAAGGAAGAAGGAAAUAUUCAACCUGAACAGCACUGGAGGUGACAAAGCCUUCACUGCUAUAUAUUACGCACUCGAGAGGAGGCUAAUCCCUACUGCGGAGAUGCUCUUCCUCAAUGGAGCCAGAGUCUGUCUUCGGUUUCAUAAUAAAUACGAGCCAAAGGAGUGGAAAAAGACAGAGACAAGCGUCAGAAGACAUAUUUUAUGGAAAAUGGAAAAAUUCGAGCUUGAUCUCAGAUGAAAUAGGAUCAAGAUGACUCCAAAGAAGAUGAAUGAUCCCAACACUGUGAGAUCGGUCGAAGGUGAGGUGGAAAACUGCUUUAAUGACUACACCAAUGUUGGCGAUUACCUUUGUAAAUACAGACAUAUAUAUCAAAAGAAUUUUAAGAGGAAGAAAUGGUAUUUUCAUAAGAAAGAUGGAAUAAAAUCUCAGCAGAAGAUCCUCUUCACCUACAACAACCCUGGGAUAAAGAAAGGAGACGCUGAAGUAGAGGACAUCAAUGUAGAUUCUGAUAUUGAGAAUGAAGAGGAUCGGACAAGUGUCUGUUCAGAAAGACCUGCUCGGGUUAUUGCUGGUAGCAUGGCUAGGAACCAUAAUAUCUCUAACAGCGAAGCAUUCUCAAUCCCUGAAAGCAUGUCUGUGAAUAAUGACAACCACUUUAAGGGUCCUAACAUAUUCCUACUACGUGAUCAGAUCUUAUCAACUACUAAUGAAUGACCGAAUAUAGCGCUUGAUGCGAUCCAGAAAUUGUUCCUGACUGAUUUUGACCGAACGCUCAAGGUCAACUUCAAAUCAGUUUUGAAGGAUAUAGCAAAAGGGCUGAAUCUAAUAAAAUUUCAAAGAGCAGUCAUCAAGACACUAGACUUGCUCAGAGUGAAAGGUACUGAGGAAAUAGCAGGGAUCUUAGAGUCCCACCUUAAAAAACCAGGCGGCAAGAGAGACCUUAGUGAAGUAUUUGCUGAAUUUGAAGAGAGAAGUCUUCUUCGAAACCCUUACACUCAACGAUGACUCAGAGCUUGAAUCAAAGAGAUCAAGGACAGGUGUUCUAACUCUAAGAAGUACGAAAGGAGACCAUAUCAGCAUACUCUGAGCCAGAGGAAAGGAUCAAGGAAGGCUCACACUAGGUCUGCGAACCGGAUACUCAAAAUGCCAGUAAUGGCUACUAAAUUUAGCGAAGAUGUGGCAAAGCUGAAUAGUAUGCGGAAAUUACGGAAGAAGAAAAUCGAUCUGGGCUCCACAAUGAAAUUAAUGUCGACUGGAAGAAAUCCCUUCCUACAAGAACUCUCUAGUGUUAAUGGCACUACUAACUGAAAUAAUGGGGAUUCAUCUGAAAUAAUCUCAAUGGGUUGCCAACAAAAGGGGGAGCAUAAGAAGUACUUGCCUCCUAAGGGUAAUUAUGGGGGUCGUAAGAAGAGGACCCAGCAUGCGAGGCCACCUCAUUCAAACAAUACUUUCAAGAAUAAGCCUAUCAUGAAUAAUUUCAGGAGCAAUUAUAUUCAUUAG